GAUCUCCGCAAAGACCCUCUUCUUUGUUUCCGCUCCGUGACGUGAAGUGUGGGUUGGGGUGAGGGUGUGGACGCUUCUCGAAAAUUCCGCGGCGAUCGCGAGAUCUAUCCCACCUCCGCCGCCAUCUUAGUUAUAGCGGGAUCCCAGAGCCUCCCCACCCCCUCUAGCAGCAAAAUAUUCAUCGUCCCCAUCUCCAACCUGCCUGCCUCCCAUUUUUUUGUGCUUUAAUUUAUUUCUGAAGCGUAGUGAUUGAGCUGUGUUUUUUUUAAUUUUCUAAGCAUUACUUUACUUCUCUACCCCUAAACAAAUCAGUCAUGAGCGUAGUGCCAGGCUGCGAGCCCAUGAGCAAAAGACUGAGGCUGGAAGUUGCCCCCCAGCAGCUUUCCCCUUCCAGCAUCUGUCGACGAGAGGAGAGAAGCACUGACUUGCUAUUCCGUAAGAAAGGCCAAAGGCAAAGGUGGGAAGAUUUAGCAACAAGCAAAAGUAAUAGGUUAAAGAUGGACCAUGCCAGCCCUGAACAAAUGCUGCAAGUUAAAGGUGGAAAAUUGGAAGCAACCUCUAAAGUUGGAAAUGUGGACAUACCAACAGUCCAACAUACACAGCAAAGCAGUUCUGCUGAUAUUUCAGAAAAUGAAUCCAAAUACAAUAUAUCCCCAGGGUGCAGUGUGCUGGAAGAGAAAACUGAGAAUCAGAAUUCCAUCGGUUCAGAGGGUGAGAAAUUUAAAUGGACAACUAGAAGUGUGGGCAGAUGCACCUCUGAGAGUGAUACAGAUAAUCAAAAAACACCAAGUACCAAAGUUGAAAACUCUGGUUCUGGAGGGAAUAGUAAGAGCAAAACCCCGGACAAAAAAAAGUGCAAGACACUUGAGGAAUGGGUAAUAAAACCUUCAAGUGCAAAAGUAACAAAAAAUACCACAGCCAUUCAACCUGGUGGGGUAACAACUCUUAAAGAGGAACAUCAUAUUGUUGACCCUAAGGUCACAAAGUCAUUUGAAAAUCCUGUUGACGACAUGUAUGUUGUUCCAGAAAGUCCGAUUUCUGAUUCUGGCUGUGAACAGGAGAUGCCAGGCACAGGUGGAACUGGAAAGCAAGAUGCUGGAGAGAGACACACAAGAAUAUGUCUUUCUGUUAAGAAAGAGACUGAGCCUGUCUUGCCUAUGCAAGUAGAUACAUCAGGUAAUUGUUUCUAUGAAUCAGAAACGGAACUUAAUUGUUUAUCAGCCAAAGUUUCAAAAGAUUUGGAUGACAAUUCACUUACCCAGAAGGUUCACUGUUUCGAUACUCAUUCUGGUAAUAAAAACAUUGAAGAAAUGAUGGAAGUGGAUAAAGGCAUAAAUUACCAAUGUGAAGAUCCACUCUUAAAGGCACAACCAAAGGGAUUUUAUGGUUUGAAGGAUAGAACACAAGAAGUAUUGAAGCCAGAGCUAAAAACAAACCUAUCAACUAGUUCGUCUUCACAGGUGGGAAAUUGGAAGGGACCCCAAAAGGCAUUGAGAAAAAUCACAGAUCAUUUUGAGUACCUGGACAGGAAGUCAUGCAAGUUGAACAGAAGAGAACAUUCUGCAGUGGAAGGAAAAAGACCUUAUGUUGGGAAAUACCCUGCGGAUAUCACAUGGCUUGGAACUCCAAUCGUUGAGAUGCAUCGAACACCAGAAUGCAGCAGUGCGUUGCCACCUUUAAGACCAUCUAGCAAUCACUCAGUGACUAUCCGAACAGACCUUUUGAAAAGUGGUGAAGUCCCUCGACCCUAUCCCACAUAUUUUAAUGAUGUCUGGGAUGACAAGCAUGUGAGAAUGCCCUGCUCUGUUCAAAAUCUUUUUCCGGUUGAAAAUGAGGAUGGAAGCAAGAACGUGAGUAGUCGAUGGGAGUUAAUUCGAACAGCGCUGCUGAGAAAGUUUACUAACUCCGAGGAUGUGAAGGAUGCAAUACUGAAGUAUAAUGCAGGAUAUGCCAAGAAAUGGGACUUCAGUACCCUGAAUUACCUUUGUAGUAAGCUUUUAAAUGACGUUGAAACACAGCACCUUCUUCAGUUCCUUCUACCUGAAAUGGCUGAAUUGGCUCUACAAUUGCCAACUCUUUGUACCAAGCCGAUACCACUACUUAAACGGAAGAUGAAUCACUCCAUCACAAUGUCACAAGAACAAAUAGCUUGCCUUCUGGCCAAUGCCUUCUUUUGCACAUUCCCUCGACGCAAUAACAAAGGCAAACAUGAAUAUUCUAACUUCCCGGACAUAAACUUUAAGAAAUUGUUUGAAGGAUCUUCACACAAGAAAGCUGAAAAGCUUAAAACACUUUUUUGUUAUUUCAGAAAAGUCACAGAAGAAAAACCCACAGGCUUAGUAACAUUUCAGCGACAGUGUCUACAUGACUUCCCUGAGUGGGAAAGGUCCACGGAGAAGCUGACCAAACUGCACAUUACGUAUGAAGGAACAAUCGAAGACAAUGGUUGUGGCAUGCUUCAGGUUGACUUUGCAAACAAAAAUGUUGGAGGUGGUGUCACAGGUGCUGGACUUGUCCAGGAAGAAAUCCGCUUUUUGAUAAACCCUGAACUCAUUGUUUCACGGCUGUUUACAGAGGCUCUGGAUGACAAUGAAUGUCUCAUUGUUACAGGUACCGAGCAAUACUCUGUCUACAAAGGCUACGCAGAUACAUACAAAUGGACUGGACAGUACAAUGACAAGAUUCCAAGAGAUACUUGGCAGAGGUGCAACACAGAAAUUGUAGCUAUCGAUGCAUUACCUUUCAGAUGUUACUUAGAUCAAUUUUCUCCAUGCAAUUUAAAACGAGAAAUUAAUAAGGCUUACUGUGGUUUUGUGCGACCAUGCAUAGAUCCCAAGAAUCUUCCAGCAGUGGCCACAGGGAACUGGGGGUGUGGAGCUUUCGGUGGUGAUGCCAGGUUAAAAUCUUUAUUGCAAAUGAUGGCAGCAGCAGAAGCAGGACGAGAUGUGGUUUAUUUCACCUUCGGAGACCGAGAAUUAAUGAUUGAGAUAUAUGAGAUGCACAAAUUCCUAACUGAGAAAGAGCAAACUGUUGGCCAAAUCUACAAGCUUUUGGAGCGAUAUUACAGCGAAGUGUGCCGAUCUUAUUCCUUUUCAAAACCACACAUUAAACUCUACAGCUUCAUUUAUGAUUCUGUAGCCUUAUACACAGAUUCUACAGAUGAGGAUGGUGAAUGAUGGCUUUUCUAGGUCCUUGUAAAGACUUCCUUUGAAAUCAUGGGGCAGCUGAGCUUUUUAGCACAACAUGAGAACUAUGCUUGCAAAUGUUUCUGAGCUGAUAGGCCCAUACCUCAAUAAAAUUCAUCCCAAAGCAUUGUCCAUUAUUCAAAAGAACUAUUUCUGAAAUAUUUUUGUUAGCAGUGUUUGCUAGUGCUAGAAAUCAAGCCUAAAGUGGUGCAAAUUGAAAUUUCAGGUAUAAAAAUCAUUUUGGACAAAUGACUGAUGGAUGAAAUAUAUAUCCACUCCAUAUAUAAUACAUAUCUUCUUCAUACUUUAUGCAAUUAUAAUAAAAGGACAGUUGCCAAUAUAAA